UCUCAAUUUCUCGAGCUUCCUCGUGCCGACCACACCGUGUUAAACCGCCAUCAUGUCUAGCCAGAAACAGAUUGACCCCAAGAAGCAGCAGGAGCUUCAGUACCAAUACACCAACUUCAAGAACACCCUCCAGCAAUUAGCACAAAAGAUUGGUGAUAUUGAGCAGGAAGCAGAAGAGCACAAACUUGUGAUUGAAACCCUCGACCCUCUUGCCGCAGACCGCAAAUGUUUCCGCAUGGUGAAUGGUGUUUUAGUUGAGCGCACUGUCAAAGAUGUCCUUCCUACACUCAAGACCAACUCAGAUGGGUUGAAGCAAGUAAUCGAGGACAUGCUCAAGCAGUAUAAAGCAAAGCAGGCUGAAUUGGAUACCUGGAAGAAGAAGAACAAUAUCCAGGUUGUGCAACCUUAG